AUGCAGAAGAACGGCAGCACGCAGCUUUUUGGACCUGGUGUGUGUGGACUGGCACUGGAGGACACCACUGGCCUGACCGGCUCCCUGGGGAACCUCUCGCUGCAUUGCUGGCUGCACUUCUUAACGCGGGAAUCGAGCUCAGAACUUCAGGGCGACGGCUCCAACGUGGCAGUGCGCGUGGCCAUCGCCCUCGUGUACUCGGUGGUGUGCGCGCUGGGGCUCGUGGGAAAUCUCCUGGCGCUCUACCUGCUCCGCUCGCGGCACCGCCAGAAGCAGUCCUCCAUAAAUAGCUUCGUCAUGGGCCUAGCCCUCACCGACCUGCAGUUUGUGCUCACGCUCCCCUUCUGGGCGGCGGACACGGCGAUGGACUUCCGGUGGCCCUUCGGCAAGGUGAUGUGCAAGAUCGUCAGCUCCGUCACCACCAUGAACAUGUACGCCAGCGUUUUCUUCCUGACCGCCAUGAGUGCGGCCCGCUACUGCUCGGUCGCCUCCUCCUUGAAGAUGCAGAGCCAACGCACGGCAGCGGCCGGCGCCAAGAGCGCAAGCCUGGCUAUCUGGGUCGUGUCGCUGGUGGCCACGCUGCCGCACGCCAUCUACUCGACGAGCGCGCAGGUCUCCGACGAGGAACUGUGUCUGGUGCGCUUCCCUGAGUCUGGCAGCUGGGAUCCUCAGCUCUUGCUUGGCCUCUACCAGAUGCAGAAGGUGCUACUGGGCUUUGUCAUUCCCAUGGUGGUGAUCACGGUGUGCUACCUGCUCCUGCUCCGCUUUGUGCUGAGUCGUCGUGUGCGUGGCGCUGCCGGCCACCGCCGCUGCUCUAAAGUCACCAAGUCCGUAGUCAUCCUGGUGCUGUCCUUCUUCCUCUGCUGGUUGCCCAACCAGGCCCUCACCCUGUGGGGUGUCCUCAUCAAGUUUGACCUGGUGCCCUUUACGAAAGCUUUCUACAACGCGCAGGCGUACGCGUUCCCUCUCACCGUGUGCCUGGCCCACACCAACAGCUGCCUAAACCCCCUGCUCUACUGUCUCAUUCGCCGUGAGUUCCGCGCAGGCCUCAAGGAGCUUCUUCUUCGCGCCACGCCAUCCUUCCUGAGUCUCGCCAGGUUUAUGCCCCGGAAGACGAAGGUGGCCGAGGCACCUCCUCUAGUGGUGCCGGUGAAGCCGGAUGGUGGAGCCUAG